AUGAUCUCCAUACCCAAAGAUGACCCAGCUGCCCCAGAUGCUUUUCCAGCUGCCCCAGGAGCUCCAAGUGCCCUGGAGACCCCAGCUAGCCCAAGUGAGGCCCCUAAAGAGACAUCAGCAAGUCUACAGAUGCCUGAAGGACUGGAAUUUUAUGCUCCAAAUUACAUAUGUUUGACUGUCUUUGCAGUAAUUUUUUUCCCUCCCCUGGGACUGGCAGCUGUCUACUUUAGCAGCAAGACUACCGAGGCCAACCAGAACCAAGACUGGGAGCAGGCUUACAUCAACUCUGGCUGGACUGGUUGGCUGGAUGUGUUCGCCAUACUCAUUGGUUUAGCUAUCAUUUACGUGUAUACGUUAUAUAUGUGA